UCGUGUAUAUUAUAAGAUUUAUUGCAUAAAUCAAUAUACUAUACUCCAUUCUCUUUUACACUUUGUAAGCGAUCUACCUGGAUUGGGCCACUGUUGUGUUGUAUGUAUACAUCUUAGCACUGCAUGGUCAUGACGUAGACUACUGAUGUGUACAAAAAGCUCAUCCAUAGCCUUUUCAAAUUUCUACUACCCAAACCCAAACCCUUUUAACUUUUCUUCUUUUUCUCUUUUCUUUAGUGUAAUUUGGCAACGCACUUUAUAUUCCACCUACGUUUGGCGUUUAUCAUAUGGACUUUCUGCCAAAGACCCAUGGCAUGGUUUAUGAUUGUACUAACUAUUUUGCACUUUUAGCUUUAUUCCCCUUUGUAUAUAUAAAAAGCACCUUCACAAUUUUUCCUCCCCCACCCCAACCUAAACCUUCUUCAAUAAGAAUAAUAAUAUUCUCUCUUUGUUCCUCUCUCUAAAAUUAAUGGCUGAAGCACAAAGUGGCCAAGCUAGUGAAGGGAUUAAACUGUUUGGAACAACGAUUACGUUGCAUGGAAGAGAAAGAAAAGAAGAUAGAAAUGAUAGUGAAGAUGGGACAGAGGAGAUAAAGAGACCUGAUAAGAUCAUACCAUGCCCAAGAUGCAAGAGCAUGGAAACCAAGUUUUGCUACUUCAAUAACUACAACGUUAAUCAGCCCAGACAUUUCUGCAAGGGAUGCCAGAGAUACUGGACGGCUGGUGGGGCCCUUCGCAACGUGCCAGUAGGAGCUGGCAGGCGAAAGGUCAAACCGCAGUUUGGUCAGGAGGAGAGGUUGGCUUUGGAUGAAUGGCAUGUUGCCGCCGUGGCUCAUGGUGAUUUCCGGCAGCUUUUUCCAUCUAAAAGACGGAGGAUGAGCUCAGCUCAGCAUGAAAGUCAAAGAAAGUUUGUUAUCAUCCACGAAAUCACAGAACAUCCAAAUCAGAUAGAAACAAAGGAGGCUUGAAAAGGCAGUGACAAUCUAAAGCUUAUCUGAUUAUGAAGAUGUGAAUGCUCGAAAAAAGACACAGUAAAUGAACCAAUCAUGUUUUACAAUUGGAGACGUGAACGGUUCAGAUUAUUUCUCACCUACAUAAUCUAUAUAGAAUUAAUUCAAGUACAUUAAAUCCUUUGCUUU